AUGGGUCCCAUGAGCAGUCGAAGAGAACCGAUUACUUCAUCAUCCGACUAUGGGUCUGAAUGGACGCUACGUGGAUUCUCCUGGCCGUUGGCUGAGGAUACAAGUGGUCUUCCUCGACGUGUUGAGUGGUUAGUGGAGGAUGCAGUUGCCUGUGGGGGCCUGCGCCUGGCACUCGUGCUCCAGCACGACAUGAAGCCCUUUUCAAUUGAGGUCCGCAUCGAUGGCCGACUUCAGGGGGAGAAGAACAAGAAAUUCCGCUUCCGUCGGCCAACGGAGCCAGGCAACAUACCCAAUUUAUCUAGCAUUGUGACUCCCUGCGGCACAGACGAGUUUCAGUUGGAUGAUAUUGCAUCUAAACUCGACUAUGAGAUGACGAGACUGAACAUUCAAAAAUAUCGAAGUGCCGCCAAGAUGCUCCUGCGGGAUCAGGAUCCUUCAUCCCCUCAUCCAACUUUCUGCCUCGAACAGACAAAUAGAAGCAGCAUUAGUCAUUCUGAUGACAGCCAGCAGCCAAGAUCACACUCUAAAUAUACUCACAGCGACUAUACUGUUGCCUGGAUAUGUGCUCUGCCCAUAGAGAUGGCAGCGGCGAAGGCGAUGCUAGAGGAGAUUCAUCCAAAUCUUUCGGUGCACCCCAGCGAUACCAAUCAUUACGUGUUGGGACAGAUUGGCUCCCAUAACAUCGUGUUAGCAUGUCUACCAAAUGAUGCAUAUGGCACUACUUCAGCCGCAGUAGUAGCCACGCACAUGCUUUACACUUUCAAUCAAAUCCGCAUGGGCGUGAUGGUUGGAGUAGGAGGUGGUGUUCCUUCAACAAAAAACGAUAUUCGAUUAGGAGAUGUGGUUGUCAGUAGCCCUACAGGGCAUUUCGGAGGCGUCAUACAACAUGACAUGGGUAAAAACAUCGGACACAAGAUCCAGAUGACAGGGGCUUUGAAUAGACCACCGCAGUCACUCCUUGUGGCAGUCGCUAGGUUACGGACAGAGCAUCUGAUCUCGGGCAACAAGGUUCCAGACUAUGUUGAAGAGAUGUUAACAGAAAAUCCAACAAUGAAGUCUGAUUUUUCUUGUCUGGGCCCAGAUCGGGAUCGGCUUUUUGAGGCCAACUAUGAUCAUGUUGAAUCUACAGCCACCUGCGAGAAAUGUGAUCGAAAAAGAGAGAUCGUGCGACCUCCUCGGACAUCCAAUAGUCCGAAGAUACAUUACGGUCUAGUCGCCUCUGGAAACCAGGUCAUGCGGCAUGGUCUGACACGGGAUCGACUAGCCAAAGAUCUGGAUAUCCUGUGCUUUGAGAUGGAAGCGGCAGGGCUCAUGAACAACUUUCCCUGCUUAGUGGUGCGAGGCAUCUGUGACUAUGCAGAUUCACAUAAAAGCAAGGAAUGGCAGGGCUAUGCCGCAGCGACGGCAGCUGGCUAUGCCAAAAAUCUGUUAUCAGUUAUUUCUGUCCCUCAGAUUUACUCGAUUCCGGUUGCUGUCACUUCUAUAAGUGGAGAUCAGGUCUGA